AUAUAAGUGAAUGCGGGGUCCGGGGAGAGCGGAUAUGGUGAAUGCGGGGUCCGGGAGAGCGGAUAUAGUGAAUGUGGGGACCGGGGAGAGCGGAUAUAGUGAAUGCGGGGCCCGGGGAGAGCGGAUAUAGUGAAAUGCGGGGUCCGGGGAGAGCGGAUAUAGUGAAUGCGGGGUCCUGGGGGAGAGCGGAUAUAGUGAAUGAUCAGAAGUAACAGCGGCGAGCCGAAAUGUGAUCUACGAUGUUCAAAAACGAGGAUUUAUAGCCGGGAGGAAUGGCGGACAGCUUUAUGUAGGUGCGGGG